AGGCUUAAAAGAUCGUCGAAGCUAAACACCUUUACAUAGUCUCAACACCCCUCCCAGCCUAGGGCCAGUUAUCAGCGGUCUUCUCCUCCUUCGCUGGACUUGGCGAUCAAUCUUCUGGCUCCUCACGGUGACAUCUGCGCUCUGCCUGAUUAUGAUGGUCCUCUUUCUACCAGAGACAGCGCGAAGUAUCGUUGCUAAUGGUAGCCGCCCGGCAAAAGGCAUCAACAAGCCCUUGGUCCCCCUUGUUGCUCCAAAGGCCCGGGACGUGGCAAUGGCCGAGAGCAUCUCUGGUGUACCCAUCAGGGAGGGGCACCGGAAGUUCCCAAACCCCCUGGCCGCCUUGAAGCUGCUUCGCAUUCCUGGCACUGCCAUAAUUUUGGUGGCAUACGGAAUCAACUACACGGUCUACUGCUGCCUGCAGGCUUCUCUGUCUACCCUGUUCGUCGACAUCUACGGCGUUUCUGGCUUAGUCGCUGGCUUGGUGUACAUUCCUUUUGGUGUGGCAGUUGCUCUGAGCGCUUUUGCAACUGGGCGGCUACUCGAUAUCAGUUACAAGAAGACUGCAGCGGAGAACGGAAUCAGCAUCGUCAAGAGCAAGGAGACCGACCUGAAGGCCUUUCCCAUCGAACGCGCCAGAUUACGAACCGUCAUCUUGAGUGUUGCCUUGAGCGCGUUCCUAGUGAUGGGUUACGGCUGGGCUCUGCAGGCGCGCGUGUCCAUGGCCGUUCCGUUGGUCUUGCAGUUCUUUAUCGGCUUAACGAUCCAAGGUAUCUUCACCGCACUCAACACGCUGCUCGUCGAUCUCCACCAAGACUGUCCCUCCACAGCACAGGCUGCUUGCAACUUUGUCCGCUGCGAGAUGGCAGCCGCCUGUCUGGCUGCCCUCGAUGCACUAAUAAGACGCAUCGGUCCAGGGUGGAGCUUUCUACUCUUCGGGGUCACCCUUUUCAUUGAGUUCCUAAUGUUGCUUCUCCUCCAACUCAGGGGGAUGAAAUGGCGGCACGCACGCUCAGAGGUUAGGUACCUAGGGCAUGAUUGAGUCACGAGUAUUUGCCGAUAGUAGUAGCAAAUACCCGCCUCUUCUUUUGCGCGAA